AUGAUGUCGCCACUGGCUAGGAAGCAAGCGUCAAGCCAGACGAAAACGUCGACAGAGCUCUGCAGUGACUUUCUUUUACCACCCUGGUUUUUGAGCAAUAAAGUCAAGACCACAGCAGAGCUCAAUGACCUUCCGCUUCCAUGUAGGCUGGUAUUUCGGAACGCCAAUAAUGUCUUAGACAAGCAAAAGGCUUCAAAACCAGCAUAUAGCACACCCGUGGAGCAAGUCCUAGGGAAAACACCCGGUACUUGCAAGCAAGAGUCCCCAAACGCCGCGAGUGACAGUUCUGGACAGGAUACUGGCGAAACUAAUGAGUCUGGCACACUGGAUCAGGAAGUCGACAUCCUCGAAUACCAACUUUCGCACGAUAGCUUCUCCGAGCUGCGAGAUGUCACGGCUGCAUUUCUGAUGCGCGACCAGGAAGGGAAGCUAUCCCCAUCGCAUGCAGCUGUUCUUCUUUGCUCCUCAUGGGAUCUCGACUUGCCCUUUGUUGACGGAGUCAUCCUACAUCUAGCAAAAGACCUCCAGGCAACUCUCGUGUCUGUAGACUUGGAAGACCUGGAAGAUUUGGGAUGGGAUUUUAAUCAUCAAGAGCAGAGAAUGAUUGCAGAAAAUAAAUUACCAGAGUCGCAGUCAAAGAAAGAACCCAAUCGAGACUACUUUGCUGGAAUGGCGGUGCGCUACUUCGGCACCCAACCUGAGCAGCAUGCGUCCAAAAAUGCCUGGAAUCGAACUGAACAAGCCAUCGCGGCGAUCCUAGACACUCAGAUUUCCAAAUCUCGGCCAAACACAGCAAGAGAGAAUGGACCAGAAGCCACAGCUGUCAUCAGCCCGCAGCCACUUGAGACAGAGCCUCCUCCACUUCUUCUCUACCUUCGGGAUUCGUCUGAAAUGAUACAAAAAAGGCCUUAUAUUCUAGAAAGAUUUCGUGAUUGCAUUCGAGAUAAACGGCUGUCGGGGCGUGGAAUUGUCCUUCUGGUCUCUUUCUCCGGGAACGGUUCACUUCCCAAAGUCGGCGGAAAGAUAUCAGCGGGCAGCGCAUCGAUCGUCACUAUGACCCCUUUCUGCUUUCAAGGGAAGGUAGACCUUACCGGGAGCUACUGUACAAGCAUAAUAAAUACCAGGCGACUUAAACGCUUCCUGCGAUUGCGCAUUCCUCACCUGUUUGUCCCCGAAGUUCUUGAAAUGUUCCAGCCCUACUCAGCCUGGAAUCUGGACGACGACGGAAGAUAUGAAUUCGUGGAAGCAUCACAAUGGAAGGAAAGAGACUUCCAGCGAGCUAUCACCCAGAUAACAGGUCGUGCCUCUGGAAUGUCCCAUAUUGAUCCUGAGGACGUUCGAAUUGUUCUGCUGCGUCUGGACCUCCUGAAAACAGUCCGCCAGACAGAAGAAUCAGAUGAGAGAGAAGAGCUGAGCGAAACAGAAAAGCCAAAAGAAGCAGACGAGUCAAAUGAGGGAGCCCCGGAGACAUCUGUGGAGAUGGGCACUGCGAAUAAAAUCAGGCCGGAUACGAACGAAAUAUCAGAGACAAAGGCUGAACGUUGGGUCGAUAAACUGCGUAGAGUUGAGAGUGCUGCGGAUCCGUUGGAGAAGUCGCUCAUCAGCUGCAUCAUCAACCCAGAUGACAUCGAUUGCACGUACGACGACGUCAUUGUGGAUGAAGAUACAAAAGAGACUGUCCGUCACUUGGUUUCGCUAUCCGAUUUCCACCCGCAAGUCGCAUCCAGCUGCCUCCUUAAGCAUAUUCGUAUCAACGGAGCACUAUUCUACGGGCCUCCCGGAACUGGCAAAACGCAUCUCUGCAGAGCUAUUGCCAAGGCUUCCGGCGCAAGCAUGCUUGCCAUUGACUCAGCAGCAGUGCAUUCCAAAUACGUCAGCGAAACGGAGAGACUUAUUAAAGCGGCGUUCAAACUCUCCAAAGCAAUGUUCCCUUGCGUGUUGUUUAUUGACGAAGCGGACUCACUGUUCUACCGUCGCUCUUCCAGUGACAAGAGCUGGUACCGGACUGCCCUUACUCAGUUUCUCAUAGAGAUGGACGGACUUUCCAAGAGCGACACGGCUCCUUUUGUCGUGGUGGCGACAAAUCGCCCUCGUGAUCUAGACGAAGCGUUUUAUCGCCGGCUGCCUCAGAAAAUCUUCUUCGGGCUUCCUGAAGAGGAGUCGCGAUCCAAGAUUCUUCGGCUAUUUCUGAAAGAUGAGGACCUGGAUCCACUAGUAGACAUUAAUGCUCUGGCUAGGCAGACUGAUGGGUACUCUGGUUCGGACCUGCGUAGUUUUUGCGCAGAAGCUGCGUUAAUAUGGGCUAUAGAGCAGGUGAAGGAGAUGUCAAACGGCGUCAAGAUGAGUAAACUACGGCUCACAGUGUCGCACUUUGCAAAGUCGCUCAAGAAAAUCAGACCCAGCGUUUCUGAGAAGACGCUUAGAGAUCUCUCUGAGUUUUCACGGCGAUUUGGCGAGGCACACUGUAAUGAUGCCUCCGAGGAUAUAGGAUCUACUCUCCCCGAAUCCAUGAUCCCCGCGCUUAACAACUCUGCAAAACAGUCCAAUUCCUUCAUGCCUGGGCUCUCGCUAGCAGAGGAUCAAAAGGUGACUCAAAGGGAGGUAGUAGAUGGGGGGCCAACUAGGAGCAAGCAAAAGCCGGACUCUAAUGCGGUCCCGUCUUGCUCUGUCGCAGACGCACCUACAGAAGCACCAAACCCUGUGAUCGGAAGGAGGCCGAAUGGAAGCUUGUCAAAGAAGAGAAAGAGAGAGGAAUUAGAGUAA